UUCCCAAUGAUGUGAUCACCUGUGCUAGGGAGGCCAGAGCAGGAACCAGAGCCCAGGUCCCUUGACUUCCAACCCACUGCCUGUCCAUAUUCCAUGAUUACUCUUAGCUCUCCCAUUUACAACCAGUGGUUUGAAGAAUUUGUCUAGGGCUACCUCUGCCAUCUUGUCAUGUAUCUCUGUGAUUUUUUUUUUCUGCAGCAGAUGCUCUGGUGAAUAUGUAUAAAAUGAACAACAAGAAGUUUUCCUUCAUGCUGGGCAUCUUCACUUUCCUCAACACCAUCCAGUUACUCAUCUUUGAGGUGAACCAGGUUGCAUUCAUUGGCUCCAAGGACAAGUUCAGCAUCUACAAGGAGACAAGUUCUAAUCUGGUCUCUUGGGCCACGAGCCACAAGAAGAAUGUCAGCAUCUGCCUGUCCACCAUCACUAUUGUGGUCAGCUCCUUACUCCUCUACUGCAUCCACACGAGCAACUACAAGGGGCUGAUUGUCUACACUGUGUGGAUCAUCACCUAUGAGCUCACCAGCUUCUCCAUGGUCCUCAUCACCAACUGGACCAUCAAAGAGCAGUUCAUUGAGCUGAGGUACCUGCACUGGCUCUUCCAAAUCUCCCGGAUGCUCCUGCACUUGUUCUGUCUGCCCUUUGUCACCAAGCACGCAUAUGCCCUUUACAAGGACCUCAAGAUUUUAAGCAAGUUAGGCUGGCACAGACACUCCUCCAUCAGUACAGUUGACUCAUGGCCACCUGUCGGGCUGAGGUCCUUGCACCGCAAGUUAAACUGA